AUGCAUCGUCUUUUUACUGAGCUGGAGCCAUCUAUUACUGUCACCGAGCAAAACCUGGCAGACCGAGUUCGGUAUAUCUUACGCUCAAAUAUAUUUGAUGGCGCCGAACUCGAACGGCUACGACGUGAGGCUGUUCCCUCAUCAAAUGAAAACGCUACGACUGAGGGUGCGGUGCCACAAGUUGCAGAACAACCCGCACACGUGGAUGCCGCCGAGAGUACCCCAGUGGUUGCUGAUUCAAAUGAUGAUGGAACAUUCACCCAGGAACUAGAAAUAGAGCAAAUGAGGAGUACAUUGGAAGAGGCGAUUAUGGAAACGCGCAGUACGCCUCUCGAAAAUCGACCGCGACUUCCCCGCAUAGCCCUAAGCAAGCGGAAUCGGGCUGUCGUGAGGGCUCUGAACCCAAUGCUGGUGACCUAUUUGGAAGCCAGCCGGGACCUUUGCGAGACGGACUCAAUUCUCUUUGGCGCCGCACUGGCAGUCUGCCGUAUUAUAGGCGCCAAACUUUCCACGGCUGGACGCACUACUGGACAAAGUAGUGCUAUCCCAGCCUGGAGAACAAGAAUUGAAGAACGUAUCGCAAAGGCUAGGGCCCUCAUCGGCAGACUGAUAUGCUUCAGGUCAGGCAAUACCAGGCCAAGGAUUGUGCGCACCGUCAGGAUGGCGUUUGCUGGGACAAAUGUUAGUUUGUCCCAGCCGGAUAUAAUGCAAAAACUGACGGAGCGCAUAGACGACCUGAAGCAGAGAAUCGCUGCUUGGGGAAAGCGAAUUCGGCGAUAUACCGAGAGGUCGACACGGUUCAACCAGAAUCGUCUCUUCCAGAGUGAUCAGAAGAGGCUCUAUAAAUCAUUGGAGCGACCAAUGGUAAGUGGAACGGGCCCAGUACCGAAUCAGGCCGACACGGUCGCAUUCUGGCGCAGCCUGUGGUCAGAGCCCGUAAACCACAACGAGGGCCCUUGGACGGAAGUUGUGGCGAGUCAGUGUGCGGGUAUUACGCCCAUGGACCCCGUCACCAUAACGCCGGAUGACGUAGCUGAGGCGGUCCGUAGGGCCCCGAACUGGAAAAGUCCGGAACUCGACGGGCUGCAUCACUACUGGCUGAAGGGGUUCGUG